AUGGGGGGAGAUAAGGGAGAUGUUGGAGAACAAGGGCUCCAGGGCGAACCGGGCCGUCCUGGUGAAAAAGGCACAUCAGCAUCCGGUGAUAUCAUUGACUUUAAUGGAAAACUCUUAGAUGCGUUUCAGGGACCACCUGGCCCUCCUGGACCCCCGGGACCACCCGGAAAAGAAGGUUCAAAGGGUGAACUGGGCUUGCCUGGCCCUGCUGGGGUUGAUGGCGAAAAGGGUGAAAAGGGAGACACUGGAGAGCCUGGUGAACCUGGAGAGAGAGGGGAGAAAGGAGAAAUGGGCCUGUCGGGUCCCUCUGGGAUGGAUGGGCAGAAAGGAGAGAAGGGAGAUUCUAUACUAGAAGACAAUCUGGUUCAGAUGAUUUCACAGCCUGGACCACCAGGGCCUCCAGGUCCACCGGGACCGCCUGGAUACAUGGGUCAUCGUGGUUUGCAAGGCCCCAAAAGUUUUCAGGGUUGUAAGAUACGAUCAAUUGAUCAAAGGGAUGUUUACGUCUUUAUAAAAGCGGAGGUUGGAGGACUGAGAAGGAGAGCGCCGGUUCAAGUGCUGUGA